GGGAUUGGGCAGUGUUGGGGAGUGGGCGGGCCCCGGGAGGGGCAUCGGGGGGAGGCGGGGUGAGCCAGCGGGAGUUCCGGCGGUAGGCCAGUGCUGACGGCCGGCAUCUUCACCAUGGCCUCGGCCGAGCUGGACUACACCAUCGAGAUCCCGGAUCCGCCCCGCUGGAGCCAGAAGAACAGCCCCAGCCAAGAUGGGAAGGCGUCUGGGAUGCGACCACCUGUGGUGAUUCUCUUGGGCUGGGGUGGCUGCAGGGACAAGAACCUGGCUAAGUAUAGUGCCAUCUACCAUAACAGGGGCUGCAUUGUGAUCCGAUAUACAGCCCCUUGGCACAUGGUCUUCUUCUCUGAGUCCUUGGGCAUCCCUUCACUUCGCAUGAUGGCCCAGAAGCUGCUUGAGCUCCUCUUUGACUAUGAGAUUGAGAGGGAACCCCUGCUCUUCCAUGUCUUCAGCAAUGCCGGCGUCAUGCUGUACCGCUAUGUACUGGAGCUCCUGCAGACCCAUCAGCGCUUCCGCCACCUGCAUGUGGUGGGCACCAUCUUUGACAGUGGUCCUGGUGAUAGCAACCUGGUAGGAGCCCUGAGAGCCCUGGCAGCCAUUCUGGAGCACCGGUCUGCCAUGCUGCGCCUGCUGCUCCUGGUGGCCUUUGCCCUGGUCAUAGUCCUGUUCCACUUUCUACUUGCUCCAGUCACUUCACUUUUCCACACCCACUUCUAUGAGAGGUUACAGGCUGCAGGCUCCCGCUGGCCUGAGCUCUACCUCUACUCAAGAGCUGAUGAGGUAGUCUUGGCCAGGGACGUGGAACGCAUGGUAGAGGCACGUCUGGCUCACCAGGUCCUGGUACGCUCAGUGGACUUUGUGUCAUCUGCACAUGUCAGCCACCUCCGUGACUACCCUACUUGCUACACAAGCCUGUGUGUGGAUUUCAUGCAUAGCUGUGUCCAGUGCUGAGCUCCUACUUCAGAAAUAAAUGCCUGAUACCUCCCUUCAACUUA